AUGGCCGCUUGUCAUUCCCACCGCCAGUCGAGGGCUUCGGAUAUCCAGGUCCCGCUAUCUCUCCUCAGUCACACCAAAGCCGACUGUACUGAAUACCGUAAGCAUAACGACCAUACAUUAAACGAUGCUCGACCUCGCCCUCGCUAUUCAAAACGGAUGGGCACCUACGGUGGAUUGUAUUUGAGCUCAAUCUUCCGUGUCGUGGAUGGCAUGAUGGGAUCAUAUCGAAAGCUAGGCUUCCUUUCGACACCGCCAGUUCCCGAGAGAAGUCCGACUCAUGUGAACGCGGCCGGUUUCGUCUCUCCGCCUGAAUUUCCCCGCCUUCGACGUUCUUCACGAGAGGCCACGAGAGCAUUGGAAAACGUGCCUAUGAUGCAAAUUGCCGCCGUCUCGAAUUGCAACGUAUUCAUUAUGGAAUUAUCAAAGGGACCCUUGUCCACCACUAAAGCUAAAGAGCGCCCAGAAUGGCUCCGGGAAUUCAACAUACUAAAAGUGCCAAGGACUUCUCUCUCAAACAGAGAUAGCAACACUUUUGGCAAGUCGCGUUUGUGUGCUUCUCUCUCGAUUCAAUCGCCCUUUUCAUCCACAGACGUUUUCAUCUUCAAGCAAGGACUUCGAAGAGAUUUUCCACUGCAGCCAUGCGAGCAAACGUCCUCGACGGGUUAUCAUGACUUGAUCGACAACCGUCGAGCGGGACUCGGUCUGGUCAUUACGAACAAGCUUUCGUUAGCCAACGGUGUCGAGUGGAUCACCGAGUUCGAGGUCAAGCGCCUCGUUUUGCUAUUUUCCCAUGGGAUAAUGCGAGACUCGCAUGGCUCAAAGACUCAAGCCAGGGCGCGAAGCACGAAAAAAGAUUCCUUUGUGUUUCAUUGA